CAAAUGCCGCCGGAGUUAUCGCGUAACACAGUUACAACAAAAACAUACAGUCGAAUUGAGAACUUCCUCCUUUUUUUGAAGACAGUUAAUAAUAGAAUUGUAUUAUUUGCAUAUAUUUAGAAUCUUUUUUCACAGGUAAUUUUUUUUAAAUGCUAGAUGCAUCUGUCAACUCAAAGAGGAUAGAAAUAGAAAUCUUCAAGUGUCACGCUAAUGUUUGCUCGAUCUUUGGCGAGUGAAAUUAAAAUUCGUUGUGGUUGUAAACCUCUGUUAAAAUGUGGUUUCCUUUGGUCACUAAAUUGAUACUUCCCGCGAUUACCAAAACUGUACGCGGAGUACCAUUAAACAAAUGUCACAGUAUAUUUUCAAUAAAGAAUAUGUUCGCGCCGGAAGAGUCGCCUUUACGGCAGUCAGAAUUCCUGUUGUCGCCUGUAGGAGUGAAACAGCACGAUGUUGCCAUAAAUAUGUUAAAGCAGCAUUACCUGAGCGAACAUGUGAUGGUGCGCGCACGCAACAUUAACUUCACCGAUGACUGCGCCAUAGACGAGUAUCUCAUAUGCUUGUUUAAACAGGGUAACACUCUAUUAGCACGUACGGAUGACGGAACACCGGCUGGAAUCUGCGUAGGCUUUGCUAGCAGGCCUGCCGAUGUGAAAAAUUUACGUAACUACGCUUUUUAUAGACAAAAUCCAAAUACAAAAGACUUCUUGUACUUCACUGCAAAGUUGCAAGAAACGCCCAAUCUCUGGGAGACAUUCAAGGAACCGAAGAUUUUUGAAAUAAGAAUGCUGGCCGUGGCUCCAGAAUUUCGCAGAAAAGGCCUUGCAACAUCAAUGGUCGAACGGGCAAUGAUGCAGGCGUAUGACCAGGGAUUAAAUGUCACACGCAUAGACUGCAUUAAUUGUUACGAUUAUAAAGUAGCAGAGCGUAAUAUGUUGCGUUGUAUCGCAAAGUUCCCGUUGCACAAACUGCGCGGAACCCACGCACCUUUCAUAAAACGAGGCUCACCACACAAUGGAUGGGUACGAGUCUACGUGGCAGCGAGACAAAACUUCGAUGUCCCAGAUUUGAAGAUACUGCGCGAUAAACACCAACACAUUGAAAGCCUCAUCGAGUAAAAAUGGUGACCUAAGGAAACCACACCUCAAAUAUUUUACUAUU